CCGAGGAAGAGGUUUUAUUUUUUAAACCUCCCGCUAAUCUGGACCGUGAUGUCCGAGGCCACCUGAACGAGCCGGAAAGAGCGGUCUCCAUGGACACCUCGAGGCACAAACUUCUCUUCAGUUGAUGUCAGUUUUUCACAAACAUGAAUGGAGAUAGCGACUACAGCAAAUACGAUUUGGCCCGCCUGCAGGAAGAACUGGAGCAAGAGAGGGAAAUGAAAGAAAUGCUUGAGGAGUCUGUGUCUGAUCUGCGGAGCACCAUGUGUGAACUGCAAGAAAGACUGCACAGUGUUGAUGGUGAAGGAAAUGAGUGGAAGACAAGGUAUGAGACACAGACUGAGCUAAAUGGACAGUUGGACAGACAGAUGUCACUCAUUCAUGAGAGACUGGAGGACCUACGAGGGAACCCCAUGGAUCGAUUGGCCUCCAUCCGAAUUUAUGAUGACAUGCUGGUAGAAACAUUGAGACAGCGUCUGAAGCUCCUGACUGAAGAGAAGUCCGACCUCCAGAGUCAGCUGAUGGACUGUCGCAGCAGAAUUGAACAGGAAGGAAAGGCAUUUCAUAAAACCAAUGAUGAGAGGCGGGCAUACCUUUCAGAAAUUGCUAAGCUGUCCUCCACCUGUGAAGCCCAACAAAAGCAGUACUCCGCCCAACCACAGAGGGCACCCAAGAGCAAACAGAGGAGGUCAGUGAGGCACACACUUACAGAGAGAAGCAGACCAGCAGGAAGGCAGAGGCCGAUUCUAAGAAAGAAAAAGAGAGAGACGAAGAUGGAGGAGGAGUGUGUUUGAAAGUAAGAGGUGGUGGUGGUGGUGGUGGAGCAACAGCAGAGAGAAGAGAAGAGAAGAAAUCUCAGAGGGGGAUCUCGUUACCCAGCCUAAAGGACUACCUAAAACACAAUCCCUAACCCAGACCAUGGCAUUAUUAUUUCCUUACACGUUUCUUCGUCUCAAACGAGUAGCUAUAAGGAGAAAUAUUAAAGAGAGAGGAAUAUUACAGGCUUUGAGUGCAGUCAGGUUGUCUCCUAAUGUGAGAAGCCUGCUGAGUCUGACAUUUCUUGUCUCUGCAAUUUUUUGUAAAAACACCUCCUAUGACUUGAUUACGUAAGCAACAUCCACCACUGUCCCCGCAUGUACUUCCCACCCAGUGACCGCCUUUACAAAUGUAGGUGUAAGAUAACUGAAUGCAGUAGUAAAUAGGAACAUUGCCAGAAGCUGUUUGUGUGUGUGAAGAACUGUGGAGGAUGGGUUCAGUUCUUGUCAGCAUCAGAACAUUUAAUUAAAAUGUUAUUUAAUACCAAAGACAUGGUCUCAUAGGCAAAUGACAUCAUAUUAAUUAGCUCAUGGAUUGUGACCUAAAAUUAGGUUUUGAGACAAAGAGGUCAUAGAAUAAUUCAUAAAGGUAAAUUAUGCAUUACCUACUCUGAAACUAUAUUUCCAAGGCUGGCAUGGCAGUGUGUUGUAGUGACAAGAGAACUGGUCUUUAACUCGAGGGGCAAUGAUCAAGCCCCGGUGUCAACAAACCUCACACCAGCUGAACUGUCCUAUAGCAUGACACUGAAUGCUCAACACCCUUCAACUUGCUGGGAGGACAAUGUCCUUACAUUAAUUAAUGGAAAUGUAUUUUUAGUGGCCAAUAUGGGUUUAAAAGUAUGAGUCCACCAAGAUCACUUCAAUGUGAUGAUU